GCAGGACCACCUAUUCCCUUUCCCAUCCCCCUCAUCCUUCCUGUUGCGCGCCUUCAUCAGCACCGCAAUGGCUGUGUCUCCCGUUGCCCAGAACAAGGCUGAGGGCCUUGGCCUUUACGCGCGGUUCGCCUUUGCCGGUGCCGUCUGCUGCUCGGUGACUCACGGUGCCUUCACUCCGGUCGAUGUUGUCAAGACCCGGAUCCAGCUCGACCCCGCAACCUACAACCGUGGUAUGAUUGGUGGUUUCCGGCAGGUGAUCCAGAAUGAGGGCGCGGGGGCUCUCUUGACCGGUUUCGGCCCAACCUUUGCCGGGUACUUCAUGCAGGGCGCCUUCAAGUUCGGGGGCUACGAGUUUUUCAAGCAGCAAUCCAUCAACGUCAUCGGUCUGGACAAGGCCCGUCAGAACCGUAUCGCGGUCUACUCGGUCUCUGCCGCCUGCGCCGAGUUCUUCGCCUCGAUCGCUCUCUGCCCUCUCGAGGCUACGCGUAUCCGUCUCGUCUCCGAGGCUGGCUUCGCCACUGGCCUGUUCAGCGGGUUCGGCAAGAUCCUCAAGAACGAGGGCGUGGGCGCUUUCUACCGUGGUUUCGGUCCUAUUCUCCUGAAGCAGGUGCCCUACACCGUGACGAAGUUCGUGGCCUUUGAGAAGGUUUCCGAGGCUGUUUUCGCUCGUCUGGACAAGUCCAAGCUGUCCAACGGCGCCCAGACCGGUGUCAACUUGGGAUCCGGUCUCAUCGCCGGUUUCGCGGCGGCCAUCAUCUCCCAGCCCGCUGAUACGAUGCUGUCCAAGAUCAACAAGACCAAGGGUCUCCCCGGGGAGAGCACCGUCUCGCGUCUCGUCAAGAUCGCGGGCGAGCUCGGCAUUCGUGGUUCCUUCGCUGGUCUUCCCACCCGUCUGUUCAUGAUCGGUGGUCUCACUGCCGGCCAAUUCGCCAUCUACGGUGACAUUAAGAAGGCUCUUGGUGCGACGAAUGGUGUGGAGAUCGCCAAGUAAGAAGCUGCUGUAAUUAUGUACGUUUGAUAUGUUCUAGACAGGGGGGAGAUGGUUGGUGUAUAGAGAUAGAUGUAGCCAGACCUAUUGUAUUUACUGCACUACCCUUGAGCCAGAUACGGACCCUGCGGACCUGCUCGACUGUUAUGUAAAACCACAGGCUGGUAUAUAAGGAUUGCACGCUGUGGCAGGCAUUAUCAUCCUCUGAGUCCCCGCAUAAGUGCAUGUAUAAUAGCGUUGAUGAUGUGGACAAACAAGCGCAUAGAGGGGUCUAACGAAAGCCUGCUGCAGUCUAGUACAUCUCGAACCGAACUACGACCAGCAGACCC